AAAAAGGAGAAGAAAAAAAAAAUAUCUAGGAGCUCCUCCUCUAGUUCAACCAUGUCCAAUUGUUCCCUUCCAUCUAAAUUCUAAUCCAGUGGCCGCCCGCAGCCAAUCACAGCCCCGCCGCAGUAAGAGAUUCCCCCUCAAAAAGCUAAGUAGUAAAAGGAAUACGCAACUGCGCUUUUAUCUAACGCCAUUAUUACUUCAUUUUCUUUGGCUGUCCGCGCUAAAAUGCGCCUUCACAAAGUCUACCACCGCUUCUCUCUCUUCCAUUCCCCCAAACAGCCCCUCAUCAUCUCCCACUCCCCCCACUCUCUCUCUCUAAAAUCCCCCGACCGUCCUCCAUUACAGUUGAUCAAGCCUUUUUCGUCAACUUCGCCAGCUGCGGGUAGAGCGACGGCGAUGAGACUCCGCAACAUCGCCCCUCUCCACGCCGCCGAGGGCGACGUCGGCUCCAACGGCGCCGCUCCUGCUGCAUCCGCCGCGGCUGACUCUCAAGACUCAUCAUUGGGAAAUGGAUAUCGCCUUCCUCCACCAGAGAUACAAAAUAUUGUUGAUGCCCCACCCCUUCCAACAAUAUCAUUCUCUCCUCAUAGGGAUAAAAUACUAUUCCUCAAGAGAAGAUCAUUGCCUCCCUUGGCAGAAUUGGCAAGACCUGAGGAGAAACUGGCUGGAGUCCGCAUUGAUGGGAAAUGCAAUUCUCGGAGUAGAAUGUCAUACUAUACCGGUAUUGGAAUCUAUCAAUUACUGAAUGAUGGUACCCUGGGUCCUGAAAAAGAAGUAAAUGGACUUCCAAGUGGUGCUAAAAUUAACUUUAUCUCGUGGUCAAAUGAUGGUAGCCAUCUUGCCUUCAGUGUUAGAACCGAUGAGGAGGAUGGAAGCAGUAGCAAGCUGAGAUUAUGGGUAGCUGAAAUUGAAACUGGAAAAGCUAGACCUCUUUUCCAGACACCAGAUAUUUUUCUAAAUGCAGUUUUUGAUAACUUUGUGUGGGUAAACAACUUGACCCUGUUGGUUUGUACAAUUCCUUUGUCUCGGGGAGAUCCUCCAAAGAAACCUUUGGUUCCUCCUGGUCCUAAGAUCCAAUCCAAUGAACAGAAGGAUAUAAUACAAGCAAGAACUCAUCAAGAUCUUCUCAAAGAUGAAUAUGAUGAAUUAUUAUUUGAUUACUAUGCAUCUUCACAGCUUGUUCUGGUAUCUCUUGAUGGAACAGCAAAGGCAGUAGGACCUCCGGCUAUAUAUACAUCAUUGGACCCAUCACCAGAUGAAAAAUAUAUUAUGAUUUGUUCGAUGCACAGGCCAUAUUCUUUUAUUGUACCCUGUGGGAGAUUCCCUCGGAAGGUUGAUCUAUGGACAGCUGAUGGAAAAUUUAUAAGGGAAAUUUGUGAUUUACCUCUUGCGGAGGAUAUUCCCAUUACACAUAAUAGUACUCGAAGAGGAAAGCGCUCAAUCCAAUGGAGAGCAGAUAAGCCAUCAACACUUGUCUGGGUUGAGACACAGGAUGGUGGUGAUGCAAAACUCGACGUCUCUCCACGUGAUAUAGUUUACACAGAACCUGCUGAGCCACUUGAAAAUGAUGAGCCAGUUGUUUUGCAUAAACUUGAUUUUCGCUAUGGAGGGAUCUCUUGGUGUGACGAUUCACUUGCACUAGUUUAUGAAUCUUGGUAUAAAACACGGAAGAUAAGAACCUGGGUUAUUUCACCUGGGCGUGAGGAUGCAACUCCACGCAUACUCUUUGAUAGGUCGUCCGAAGAUGUUUAUUCAGAUCCUGGUUCUCCUAUGCUGCGGAGAACACAUUCAGGCACUUAUGUGAUUGCAAAGAUAAAAAAGGAAGGCGAUGAAGGGACAUAUGUCCUAUUGAAUGGAAGUGGUGCCACCCCACAAGGGAAUGUACCAUUUGUGGAUUUAUUUGACAUAAAUACAGGCAAUAAAGAACGGAUAUGGGAGAGUGACAAGGAAAAAUAUUACGAGACUGUUGUUGCUCUGAUGUCCGAUCAGGAUGAAGGGGAGAUACCUCUUAAUCGGUUAAAAGUAUUAACCUCUAAAGAAUCCAAAACUGAAAACACACAGUAUUACAUGCUGAGCUGGCCAGAAAAGAAAGCAUGCCAGAUCACAAAUUUCCCACAUCCUUACCCUCAGUUGUCUUCACUAAAGAAAGAGAUGAUUAGGUAUGAAAGGAAGGAUGGUGUUCAACUCACUGCAACAUUAUAUCUUCCUCCUGAUUAUGAUCCUGCAAGAGAUGGACCACUUCCAUGUUUAAUGUGGUCUUAUCCUGGCGAGUUUAAAAGCAAAGAUGCAGCUGGUCAAGUGCGUGGUUCUCCGAAUGAGUUUGCCGGCAUUGGUUCAACAUCUCCUCUACUCUGGCUAGCAAGAAGGUUUGCUAUCUUAUCAGGACCGACAAUUCCUAUUAUUGGAGAGGGUAAUGAAGAGGCAAAUGAUAGCUAUGUAGAACAACUUGUUACAAGUGCGGAGGCCGCAGUUGAGGAAGUUAUACGCCGGGGAGUGGCUCAUCCAAACAAAAUUGCUGUCGGUGGUCACUCAUAUGGGGCUUUCAUGACUGCAAAUCUCCUUGCUCAUGCACCUCAUCUGUUCUGUUGUGGAAUUGCUCGCUCUGGAGCAUAUAACAGAACACUUACUCCCUUUGGGUUUCAGAAUGAGGAUAGGACACUAUGGGAGGCUGUCAGCACCUACGUCGAAAUGAGCCCAUUCAUAUCAGCUAAUAAAAUUAAGAAGCCUAUUUUACUCAUCCAUGGAGAAGAAGAUAACAAUUCAGGAACCCUGACAAUGCAGUCAGAUCGAUUCUUCAAUGCAUUGAAAGGGCACGGUGCACUUUGUCGCCUCGUUAUUCUUCCCUUUGAGAGCCACGGUUAUUCAGCACGAGAGAGUGUGAUGCACGUUCUCUGGGAAACUGACAGGUGGCUGCAAAGCUACUGUGUGGCUAAUGCUACCGAAGCACCUGAUGCACCUGAAGAAAAGGCUAGCAAAGACACAUCAGAUGCAGAAAUUAAAGCUGUUGGAGCUGCUGGAGGAGUCGCAGAGCAGCCAGAGCCAGAUCAAGAACCCGAUAGAAUUCACAUAAUCUGCAAAUCUUCAUUGUGAUAUCGAUCAUGACUUGGAACGGAUGAACUCGAGCUCGGUUAAAGUUUACGAGCGGGUAAACUGGUAUCAAAUUUAACAAUCGAUAGCAUCAGUGAAGCUAUAGCUCGGUUUACAAAAUGCUUCAUUUUCUCUUGCAAAGUAUUCUGGGCGAAAAUUGGCAGUCAAUUUACUGUGCAUGGUUUCAUAAACAAAUGAUUAUUGCACUGGAAGCAAAUUAUUGGAAUGGAAUAAUGGAUCAUAAUUCUUCGUUUUGGUUUUAUAUGCUCGUAAACUUAUGCAAUUCUCUAAUAGUCUAUUGUCGAUAGCAUUGUAUUCCAGACCAGUACGGUAAUUUAAUAAAUUUCAACAAAACAACUAUAUAUAUAAGCGGGCUAUUCUUGAUUUGCCAUAUUAA